AGACAAAUAAAGAGAGAUAAAUCCAGCAACCGAACCAUGUCUUUUUUAGGCGCACUGAUUCCUAGAAACUCGAGGUAGAUCUAUUGAUCAGAUAUUCAAUUUAACAAAUAUUCUAGCACGGUGCAUGCUUGGUUGCUGGCUAAGUGAGCGUUCUGUCAGUUUCUGAGCAUCUUGAAAAUGAUUGGGCCUGUAGAAAGCAAAGGCUAUUUUGUGAGGUUGCUGGCUUUGUUUCACUUAACUUGUCUGAUCAAUUUCUCGAGUGUCGAGGCUAGAACUCGUCACCACAAAUGGGAGGUCAAGUAUGAAUACAGGUCCCCAGAUUGCUAUAAGAAGUUGAUUAUCACCAUAAACGGGAGAUCUCCAGGACCAACAAUUUUUGCACGGCAAGGUGAUACUGUUGUUGUUGAGCUAAAAAAUAAUUUGUGGACAGAAAAUGUUGCUCUGCACUGGCAUGGAAUCAGACAGCUCGGAACGCCAUGGAGUGAUGGAACAGAAGGGGUUACCCAGUGUCCGAUUUUACCUGGAGAAACCUUUAUUUACAAAUUUGUUGUCGACAGGGCUGGGACAUACCUGUAUCAUGGGCAUUAUGGAAUGCAAAGAGCAGCUGGAUUAUACGGAUCCAUCAUUGUAUCGCUUCCUGAAGGAGUUUCUGAACCCUUUUCCUAUGAUUAUGAUCACAACAUAAUCUUAAAUGAUUGGUACCACGCAAGCACUAAUGAACAAGCUGCUGGCCUAUCUGCCAUACCCUUUGUUUUUGUCGGAGAGCCACAGUCACUUCUUAUAAAUGGAAGAGGAAAAUACAACUGCUCCCCUUCCACUGCUUCAGGCUCCGCAGCUGGAGUUUGCAAUACAACAAAUCCUGAAUGCUCUCCUUAUUCGCUGACUGUUGUUCCUGGAAAAACAUAUCGACUGAGGAUUGGUAGUUUAACUUCCCUGUCAGCUCUUAGUUUUGAAAUUGAGGGCCAUGACAUGACUGUUGUAGAAGCGGAUGGGAACUAUGUAGAACCAUUUGCUAUAAGAAACCUCUACAUCUACUCUGGUGAGACGUACUCUGUGUUAGUAAAAGCUGAUCAAGAUUCUUCAAGAAACUACUGGGCAACUAUUAAUGUAGUUGCUCGCAAACCGGCAACACCAACUGGUUUGGCCAUUUUCAACUACUAUCCAAACCAUGCACGGAAGCAGCCUCCAACAGUUCCAACCACAGGGCCUCUGUGGAAUGAUACAACAUCAAGGUUGACUCAAAGUCUUGCAUUUAAGGCUCGUCAAGGUUUCAUUAACACCCCUCCUGUCACCUCAGAUAGAGUGAUCGUGCUUCUAAACACACAAAACAAGAUUGAUGGCCAUUUUAAAUGGUCCUUAAACAACCUUUCUCUCAUACUUCCUCAGACCCCAUACCUCAUUGCACUUAAAGAAAAUUUGACCGAUGCAUUUGUUCAAGACCCUCCUCCUGAUGGAUAUGACUUCGCAAACUAUGACAUACGUAGUGUGGCAAAAAAUGUUAAUGCUGCUUCAAGCAACCGAAUAUAUAGGCUACGGUUCAAUUCAACAGUCGAUGUCAUCCUACAAAAUGCUAAUUCUAUGACCGUGAACAACAGUGAGACGCAUCCAUGGCAUCUUCAUGGGCAUGAUUUUUGGGUCCUGGGGUACGGUACAGGCAAGUAUAACUUGUCUUGUGACUGGAGAAAGUACAAUGUGGUCAAUCCCGUUAUGAAGAACACAGCACCUCUGCAUCCUUAUGGAUGGACUGCUCUGAGGUUUAGAGCUAAUAAUCCAGGUGUUUGGGCCUUUCAUUGUCAUGUCGAGUCUCAUUUCUACAUGGGCAUGGGUGUGGUGUUCGAAGAAGGGAUAGAGAAGGUGGGUGAGUUGCCUUCAUCCAUUAGGGGAUGUGGUGAAUCUGAAGGUCACCAUCGACCAUAGUGUCUUCAACUAAAAAUACUACGCAUUUUUUUUUCUUACAAUACCAGCAGAGGAGGAUCAUAGCCCCAAGAACAUUUGAAUUUCAUUGCGAUAUCGAUUGGUUUUGAUGUCAAUUGCGAGUCGAAUGUUUGAGGAGCCCAGAUAAACUUCAUGCAAAACUUUAAUGAAUGAUUUGCAUACGUUAGCCAAAGCCAACAACAUGAUCAAAAAAAGGGAAAAAAAAAUUGGAACUUUAUUCUUCUGAAAGACUGGGAA